AUGGCGAGCAGAUCCGGCGGUCUUGAUGUGAAGAAGGUCGGUAUGCUUGGCGUUGGAAGCAUGGGGGCAAUGAUGUCUCUGCUAAUGUCAGAGCACGGUUUCGAGGUGCAUUUCUUCGACCCCAGCGAGCAAAACAUGGACAUGUUGCAGCAUCAAGGAGAGGACAUCCAACAAGACAAAAGGGUGCUUAGAGCCAAGAGCUAUGAGGAUGUCUGCAAGUCUAUAGAAAUCUCGGGGCAGCCAAAGGUCUUCAUGUUCAGCACCCCGCACGGCGGUCCUGCCGAUAAAUGUGUCGAUGGAAUCCGGCCAUAUCUCAACCAGGGCGACAUUAUCAUUGACUGUGGAAAUGAACACUGGUCCAACACGGAGCGACGGCAGAAGGCCCUCGAGCCUACAGGCAUUCACUACAUCGGCUGUGGAGUCUCUGGUGGUUACCAGAGUGCUCGUCAUGGUCCGUCGAUGUCCCCAGGCGGCAACGCUGAGGCGCUGGAGAAGGUGAUGCCGUUCUUGAGAACAAUGGCAGCCAAGGACAAGGAUGGUCGCCCAUGUACAAGUCCAGUUGGUCCAGGCGGCAGUGGCCAUUACGUCAAAAUGGUACACAAUGGUAUCGAACAGGGAAUAAUGUCGGUAAUUGCCGAGAUUUGGCUCAUUCUUACUCACGGCUUGGAUCUUGAUAACGAGGAGGUCGCAACUAUCUUCAAGUCGUGGAACGAGUCCGGACCCCUCAACAACUGCUUCCUCAUAGCAAUUGGAGUCGACAUCGAACGGGCUAAGGGUGAAUAUGGUCAGCACGUGCUAUCGGAAGUCCGAGAUAAGGUCGUGCAGGAUGUCGAUGAAGAGGAAGGCACAGGCACUUGGACCUGCGAGCAAGCUGUUACUCUGCACUCCCCGGCUGCUUCUAUUCUCAGCGCGCACCUUUUCCGUUGCGCGUCGGCACACCUCAAGAAACGAAUGGAAAACGUUACGUCAGCAUCCGGGGGUGUGAAAGCACAGAAGCUAUCGGUCAAGUCGAAGGACGACUUCGUGAAGCUCCUCCAUAACACGACAUAUUUCUGCUUCUUGGCAUGCUUCGCUCAGGGACUUGACCUCAUUAGAGAGAAGGACAAGAAAGAAGGCUGGAACCUGGAUUACCGAAAGAUUUUGCAGCUUUGGCGUGGUGGGUGUAUCAUUCAGGCGGAUCACAUUGCUGAUCUUCUUGAUGGCAUGUACAAGCGCCCAGACCAUGACCCGGACAAUAUCCUUGGCAACGCUGAAGUUGGCACCGAACUAUCCAAGCUCUACCCAAUGAUCAAGAAAGUCGUCUUGACAGCCAUAGAGGCUGAUACUUUUGUGCCCUCCAUCAGUCAGAGUCUGGAGUAUUAUAAGUACGAAACGUCGACCGAGCUACCGACACAGUUCAUGGAGGCCCAGCUGGACUUUUUUGGACAGCACAUGUUUGACAAGCAGAGUGAUCCAGUGGGCGGGCCGGAGAAGGGUAUGCAUCACUUCGAGUGGAAACCAGCAAAAGGAUUGACCGGCAAAUAA